UUGCGUGAUGCUGGCUGCCAAACCUGGAUUAUUAUAGGGGAAAUGGAUUGUGCCGUGUGUAUGUGUGUGUGAUGUGUUAUUGCAGCAUGUCAACCACGUUAAUAAUUUAGAUUGAUGCGGUGUGGCGGUGCUUAUGUGCAGUGCCGGCAUUUCUGUUGUGCCAUCGUGCCAAGUGUAAAAACGCGUGUACUGCCACUGUAUACAGCGGGUUAACAUGAGUGAUUUGCUAACAGAAUUACAGUGCACCCAGCCACCACCUUGUAAUUGUUACAGAUUAAUCAUUUUAGGCUCAGCAAAAGUCGGCAAAACCGCUAUCGUCAAAAGAUUUCUACAUAAUGAAUAUACGGACAUUUAUACACCCACAAUCGAGGAUUUCCAUCGGAAAAUCUAUAAAAUUCGAGGGGAGGCGUUCCAACUGGACAUUCUGGACACGUCCGGUAUCCAUCCUUUUCCCGCCAUGAGGCGCCUGUCAUUUUUAACCGGUGAUGCCUUCAUUUUGGUAUACAGCGUGGAUUCCCGGGAGUCAUUUGAAGAGGUCCUCAGAUUGCGCGAGCAGAUUGUCGAAUCGAUCCGCAGCGCGGCCAGCACUAACAGUAAAAUCAAGCCCAAGCAUCUGCCCAUUCCCAUGAUUAUUGCAGGGAAUAAAAGCGACCGUGAACGCGAGCGCGUUGUGCCGGCCGGCGAGGUCGCUCACGCUCUGCAGCGCAUUAAGGACCAUGUGCCGUGUAUGGAGUGCAGCGCCAAGGAGAAUAGCAACAUCAGUGACGUUUUCUCCACAUUGUUCGCCUUGGCAGACUUUCCCGAGGAGAUGAUUCCUAAUGCCGCACGGCGUAUCUCACUGACACACGGCGGUAAUGUCCUGCCGCGCCGUACCUACGCCGGAAAGGGCAGCGCGCGCCGCCGGCAUGGAUUAUCCCUGCGACGACGUCUCAGUGAUGCAUACAGUGCCCUCAUCCUCAAUGUCAGACGACCCUCCAUCGCCACCGACCUGGUAAUGGUCCGGACAAAGACGGAGCAAAACGGACUGCAAAGGUCAAAAAGCCGAAGACGAGGGCGGUCCUCCGUAAAGAAAACCGACUCGCAGCGAUCAGCUAAUGUUGUACCCAAAGAUAAAACAAAUGUGGAACAGCUGGCAGGAACACGAAAUCCGAAGUAUCCCAAAAAAGAGAAGGCAUCGUGUUGCAUAUUGUGAACUAUGCCAGUGCACUUUUAUACAAUUGGAUCGUUCAAGUAUUUUGAUACCCUUAUGGCUUAUAAUUAUCUACUUUACCACUUUACUCUGAUCAAAAGAUGGAAAACUAGCUGUUGAAACGCUGAAUGAUUUCUGCCUCGCUUUUCAUUUUAGAAAUCGGCAGGACAAAGGGUAGCGAGCAUCAGAUUUGCUCGCAUAGCAUCGAUGCAUACCAAAUUUCCCAAAAAAUAAAAUAUAAUUGUCGCAUCUAAAACAAUUUUAUUUUCAUUUGCAAUCGAUAUCUGAUAAGCACAGAUGCUGAUUAACUGGAAAAAAUCAUUAGAAAGAUUUUUAAUAAUUGCCAUUUCAUUAAAACCGGCAGAUAGAUUUAAUUGGUAUGGGUUACAAAGUCGUUCACUGAAAUCGUAUUAAGCGAUCAUCGAUGUUAAACGACGCCUAUUAUGCGCGUUUAUGGUUAGAAAGCGCGUAUUCUACUCGUGAUAUUGUGCGCGCAUAAAACACAAUGCGAAGCUAAAUUAAAACCUAAUCGG